AUGCCUACAGUCUACUCUUCUCAGCAAAAGGCUGCGAUUCAGCAAUUCAUCAGCUUCACUAAUCUCGACCGGAACACCGCGAUAAGGGCACUGAAGAGCCAUGGCUGGGAUGCGCAGAAUGCCGUAAACGCUUACUACAGCGGCAACAGCGGCGGCGGUGCGCAAGCUUCAUCCGCAGCAAAGGCAAACCUGACCAAGCUCUUCGAUCGGUACCAAGAGGCUGGCGCACCCGACAAGGAUAUUGUUGGCGUAGAGGGUACCAUGCGGUACUUCGAGGAAACGGGCGUCGAUGCCGAAGGUCUAGAGGCGUUGGCUGCUCUUGAGAUUGUGCAGGCGCCCACUAUGGGCGAAAUGAGCCGCGAUGGCUUCGUCAAGGGUUGGUCAGAACGCAGCUGCGAUACCGUCGACAAGCAGAAGGCGUACCUGAAAAAUGUCAAGAGCGAGCUGCCUGACAACAAAGAGCUCUUUACACGCAUCUACAAAUACACAUUCACCAUUGCGAAACCCACAGAUCAGAGAGCUGUUCCACUCGAGAUGGCCGCCGUAUAUUGGGAGUUGCUCUUCAGCUCACCCCUGUCGGCAGUCAAGUGGUCGAGCCCCAAUACGCCAUGGUUGAGCUGGUGGAUCGAGUUCCUCAACACAUCGUGGAAGAAGAGCGUCAACAAGGACAUGUGGAACGAGACGCUCAAGUUUGCACAGCUCUCACUAGCCGAUGAGUCGAUGAGCUUCUGGAACGAGGAGUCUUCAUGGCCUUCCGUCAUCGACGACUUUGUCGAGUUUGUCAAGAAGGACAAGCGCGGUGGUACGGAUGAGCAGCCGAUGGACGAAGACGAAUUCCAGAUGGUCGCCGCUAAGAAGCAUGUCCCGAUCGUGAAGAAGCACCGCAAGCGGUUCAACCGCCACCAGUCGGACCGCUUCAUGUGCGUUGACCCCUCAUGGCGCAAGCCUAAGGGUAUCGACAACCGCGUCCGCAGGCGGUUCAAGGGCCAGGCUGCUAUGCCCAAGAUCGGAUACGGCUCCAACAGGAAGACCCGCCACAUGAUGCCCUCCGGCCACAAGGCUUUCGUUGUCAACAACGUCGCCGAUGUUGACCUUCUCCUCAUGCACAACGCCACCUUCGCCGCAGAGAUCGCCCACGCUGUAUCAGCACGAAAGCGCAUCGAAAUCAUCGCCAGGGCGAAGCAGAUCGGUGUCAAGGUUACCAACGGCAAGGCCCGCGUUAAGACCGAGUCGUAG